GUGGAUUAUAUUGUAUGGGACUGACUGGGGGCGGCCGCACCGCCGCCGCGGGAUGGGGCGAGCGCGCGGACCCCGCCGGCAGCCGGAGCCGCGGCCGCCUCAGUGAGUCGGGCCCCCGCCGCCCCCGCCCGGCCGCGCGCCUCAGCUCCUGCUCACGCCGAGCAGCGGCCGCCGCGGGAGUAGCAGCCGCCGCGGCGCCGCCGCCGCCGCCGCCGCCGCCGGAGGAGCGAGGCGCUGAGGCGCUGCCCGCGGCGGGAGUCCGAGUCAGCCAGCCAGCCGAGCGCCGGCAGCCGGGGCCGCCGCCGCGCGGCGGGGAGAUGUGCCCGGAGGAGGGCGGCGCGGCCGGGCUGGGCGAGCUCCGCUCCUGGUGGGAAGUCCCGGCCAUCGCGCACUUCUGCUCGCUGUUUCGCACCGCGUUCCGCCUGCCCGAUUUCGAGAUCGAGGAGUUAGAAGCAGCUCUUCACAGAGAUGAUGUGGAGUUUAUCAGUGAUUUGAUUGCCUGUCUCCUUCAGGGCUGCUAUCAACGAAGGGAUAUCACGCCUCAGACAUUCCAUAGCUAUUUGGAGGACAUUAUCAACUACCGUUGGGAACUCGAAGAAGGGAAACCCAACCCUUUGAGAGAAGCCAGUUUCCAAGACCUGCCUCUCCGUACCCGUGUGGAGAUCUUGCACCGCCUCUGUGAUUAUCGGCUAGAUGCAGAUGAUGUCUUCGAUCUUCUCAAGGGUCUGGAUGCAGAUAGUCUCCGAGUGGAACCUCUGGGUGAAGACAAUUCAGGGGCACUUUACUGGUACUUCUAUGGAACUCGAAUGUACAAAGAGGAUCCCGUACAAGGAAGGUCCAAUGGAGAACUCUCUAUGAGCAGGGAUAGUGAAAGACAAAAAAAUGUAUCAAAUGUUCCUGGAAAAAUAGGAAAAAGAAGAGGAAGGCCCCCAAAACGGAAGAAACUGCUGGAGGAGGUUACAGCAAGUGAAAAGCAGGAAGAAAACUCCUUGGCACCUGAGCCACAGACAAGAAAUGGUUCCCAAGGACCUGGUCAGGGCACAUGGUGGCUCCUGUGCCAAACGGAAGAAGAGUGGAGACAGGUCACCGAGAGCUUUCGAGAGAGGACCUCCCUCCGAGAGAGACAGCUCUAUAAGCUCCUCAGUGAAGAUUUCCUGCCUGAGAUCUGUAACAUGAUUGCCCAGAAGGGAAAACGUCCACAUCGCACAAAGGCAGAGUUGCAACCUAGGUGGAUGUCUGACCACCUGUCCGUCAAAUCCAUCAAGCGAGAGGAGGAGACCCCUGUGCUCACCAGGAUAGAAAAACAGAAGCGCAAAGAGGAGGAGGAAGAACGGCAGAUUCUCCUUGCUGUGCAGAAGAAGGAGCAGGAGCAAAUGUUGAAGGAGGAGAGAAAGCGAGAACUGGAAGAAAAGGUCAAGGCAGUGGAAGAUCGUGCUAAGAGGCGAAAGCUCAGGGAAGAGCGAGCAUGGCUGCUAGCUCAAGGCAAGGAAUUACCCCCUGAACUUUCUCAUCUGGACCCCAGUUCCCCCAUGAGGGAAGGAAGAAAACCUAAGGACCUCUUUGAGUUGGAUGAUGACUUCACUGCAAUGUAUAAAGUUCUAGAUGUGGUAAAGGCUCACAAGGAUUCUUGGCCCUUCUUAGAACCUGUAGAUGAAUCAUACGCCCCUAACUAUUAUCAGAUUAUUAAGAUCCCCAUGGAUAUUUCAAGCAUGGAGAAGAAGUUGAAUGGAGGUUUAUACUGUACCAAGGAGGAAUUUGUAAAUGACAUGAAGACUAUAUUCAGAAAUUGUCGAAAAUAUAAUGGGGAAAGUAGUGAGUAUACCAAGAUGUCUGAUAAUUUAGAGAGGUGUUUCCAUCGGGCAAUGAUGAAACAUUUUCCUGGUGAAGAUGGAGACACAGACGAAGAAUUUUGGAUCCGAGAGGAUGAAAAGCGGGAGAAAAAACGGAGUCGGGCUGGGCGAAGUAGUGGAAGCCAUGUUUGGACCCGCUCUAGGGACUCUGAAGGACCCAGCAGGAAACAGCCAUCAGUAGAAAAUGGAGGCAAAUCAUUGCCCCCUGCACGCCGAGCUGCCUUCUCUGGGGAUAAUCAGAGCAACAGUUCUGUGCAGCCCCUAAGGGAGGUGGGCACAUCAAAUGGCCAAGGCUUUUCCCGCCCACUGCACUGUGGUGCGAUGCCCAGCCAGGCACCCCUUUUAAAUCAGAUGCAUGUCCAGAGGCCAGCAGUACCUGGGACAUUUGGCCCUCUUCAAGGGUCAGAACCCACCAACUUCUAUGGUUCCUCUCGAGUUCCAGAAGUACCCCAAGGAGAUCCCAUACAGCAGCAGCCCCCUUUUGCCAUGCAGCCUCCACUUGGAAUUACCAACCACCAAGGAACCCCCCUUAGUACUCCCGAGGAGAAGCAGAUGUGUGGGGGACUGACGCACCUUUCCAACAUGAGAUCACAUCCCCCGUCCUUGCAACUUGGGCAGAUGAGUGCCCCCAGUCAGGAUGGAAACAUGUAUCCCCCAGCUCCUUUCCAACCAGGAUUUAUUCCUUCAAGGCAUGGUGGGCCUCCAUCCCGACCCCCAGACUUUCCUGAAAGCUCAGAAAUUCCUCCCAGCCACAUGUAUCGAUCGUACAAGUACCUAAAUCGAGUGCACUCUGCUGUCUGGAAUGGAAACCAUGGUGCUGCAAACCCAGGACCCUUGGGGCCAGAUGAGAAGCCCCACCUGGGGCCAGGGCCCUCUCACCAGCCUCAUGCACUUGGUCAUGUGAUGGAUGUACGAGUGAUGAGACCACCUAUUCCUCCAAAUCAGUGGACUAAGCAGUCAAGCUUUCUACCUCAUGGAGUUCCUUCCUCAGGGUAUAUCCGGCCACCCUGUAAAUCUUCUGGACAUCGAUUGCAGCCACCUCCAGCCCCUGCACCAAGCCCUCUAUUUGGAGGGCCUUCCCAGACCCUACGGGGGGUGCAAGGAGGGGACUCCAUGAUGGACAGCCCUGAGAUGAUUGCCAUGCAGCAACUCUCAUCCCGUGUCUGCCCCCCAGGUGUGCCUUACCACCCCCACCAGCCUGCUCCUUCCCAGGUACCUGGCCCUUUUUCACAAGUAGCUCAUUCAGCAUCAGUAAGUGUGUCAGCUCCCAAGCCUGCCUUGGGCAACCCUGGAAGGACAUCGGAUAUCAGUGAAACACAAGAGCCUGAAAACGACCAAGCAGAGCCUUUGUCUGGGCUUGAAGAGAAACCAGCAAGCAUUGGUGCCUCAGAGGGAAUAUACCUCAAACAGCUACCUCAUCCUACACCUCCCCUGCAGGCUGACUGCACCAGGCAGAGCUCAUCACGAGAAAGGGAAGCAGAGGACCCAGAACUCAAAGGUGACUCUUUAGAAGCUGCAGACAACUGUAAAACAGCAAAGAGCAAGAACACCUGGCCCUUGGACAGUAGCUACACCAGCCCAGCUGCCCAAGGCUGUAUGAGAGACCUCUCUGUUGGUGCAGACAGAGGAGCUCUACCUGAAAAUGGUGUCAUUGGUGAAGCAUCUCCUUGUGAGUCAGAGGGGACGGGUCUUGGUGGCAGCAGUUCAGGAAAACCGCUCUGCCCCAGAAGCAAAACAUUACAGGAGUCCUUGCCGUGCACAGGACAGAAUGCAACCACUCCUCCCUGUGCAGACCGCAGUUUGGUGGCAGGCACUAUGAGCCAGUUUCCUCCAGUGUACAUGUCUGGCUUGGAGUACUCUAACUCAUCUCCACAUUACCUCGUCAAUCCAGGCCUGCAAGGCCUGGGGCCUGCUGCGAUGGGAGGGAAGUCCUCAGUAUCAUAUCCUCAGCCUUUCCCUGCAAGGGGCUUUCAGUCCAGCAGUCCUCAUCCCUCCGUCUUUCCCCGGUACCGUGCCCACCAAGGAAUGAGGUACUCCUACCAACCACCACCUCAGCCUUCCUACCAUCACUAUCAGCGGACUCCUUAUUACACAUGUCCACAAGGCUUUUCUAACUGGCAGAGACCUCUUCAUCCCCAAGGAAGCCCAAGUGGGCCCCCAGCAAGUCAUCCUCCACCCCCAAGACCUCUCUUCUCAGAUAAGAAUGCCAUGGCUAAUCUGCAGGGCUGUGAGACACUGAAUGCUGCCUUAACUUCCCCAUCUCAUGUGGAUGCAGUGGCUGCUAAAGUUGUCCCGACUGAUGGGCAGAAUCCUGGUCCAGAGGAAGAAAAGCUGGAUGAAUCUAUGGAGAGGCCAGAGAGUCCCAAAGAAUUUUUAGAUCUGGACAACCAUAAUGCAGCUACCAAGCGGCAGAGUUCUCUGUCAGCCAACGACUAUCUUUAUGGAACUCCUCCAACUCUGAGUUCAGGGAUGGGUUUUGGUUCCCCUGCUUUCCCACCCCAUGGUGUGAUGCUACAGUCAGGUCCUCCUUAUACUCCUCAACAGCCAAGCAGUCAUUUUCAGCCCAGGGUGUACUCUUCACCUGCAGCUGCUCACCCAUCUCACCGAACUAUGGCUGCUCAGCCAAAUGGCCUGUCUCAGGAGAGCCCCCUCUACCGCUGUCAGGAAGAGGGUGUGGGGCACUUUCAAGCUGUGAUGAUGGAGCAGAUGGGUACUGGAAGUGGAAUGAGGGGGCCUUUCCAGGAAUUGUAUGCAACACCAGGAAUACACAUGCAUCCAAUCCAGCCACAGCCCUCAUUCCCAAAGACCUCAGCACCAGCAGCAUCACCAGAACAGCUGCCUCCACAUAAGCCCCCAACGCUUCCUCUGGAUCAGAGCUAGUCCAAGGAGGAAAUAAUCCCCAAGGAAAUGAAAAGCUGCACAUGAAGACCCUACAUGGAGGAUUUGGAGGGGCUGUCUCUGUCCCCAGUCACCCUGCUUCGCCCCUUCAAGUCAAUCACACAUGCUACCAGGAGCUGGAGCCAUUCCCAAGCCUCUUAAGCACACUCUGUAGAAGACUGACACACAGCAGCAGAGGUCCUGGGUGAGGGAUCACUUGCAACAGCUGACAGUCAGCAAGAAAGACAAAUGAACCUGGAGUUCAUGCUGACUUCUCCCAAAUCCUGAGACUCUCAUUCAGGGAAAAUCACUUUCAGCUUGGGUGGGGGCACAUACAAGGAUGGAGUGGUGCUUUUAAACUUUCAUGAGCAGCUAAUCUCAGGUAUAUAUUUGGGGAAGGGACUACUUGUAGUAUUAAUAAGUUUUGGAGCUGGGUCCAGUUUACAGAAUUUUCAUGUUGCCUUUUAAAGUAAUUUUUGUUG